AUGAGUUUUGAUUGUUUUUACACAGGUCGCGCGAUUGAGCGAGUGUGCGCGGGCGCUGACGGCGCUGGCAUGGUUUCGGCGGCACGAGCGCUGCUUUCUGCGGUAACAAGAGUCUUGCUACUCGCAGACAUGGUCGUCGUGCGACAACUACUCCUCGCCAAGGAUAAGGUAGCGCGGUCGCUUGAUCGGUUGGAAUCAGUUUCAAACUUUGCGGAAUUCGUGCGUGCUUUUACGGAGUUCGGUGGCGGCAUGGUGGAGCUAGCCAGGUUGACGGCAGAGCGAAGAGCUGACUUACGAGACGAGCGGAGACGGGCACAGGUCGCCGCAGCUAGAAAUGUUCUCGAACGUUCCACGCUCAUGCUCCUUACUUCUUCGAAGGCUUGUCUAAGGCAUCCAGGGAGCGCAUCUGCGAGAGAAAACCGCGACACGGUGUUCUGUCAGAUGCGGCGGGCCAUGGAUCUUAUUCACUACGUUGUGAGAGACGGACUGCCAGGACAUGAAGAACACGCGCAUGAGGCUGCACAGUGGGAAGCAGGCACUGCGCUCGGUGCGCUCCGUGGUUUGACGGGCCAGGUGCGGACGGCAAGAGCGCGCGGCGGCGCCGAUGCAGCUCGGCGUCGUGCCCUCGCUGGCACACUUCGAGCUCUUGUCGAACGCACUCACGAUUUCACCGACUCCGCCUACACCUCGCAUGAACACCGACAACGGAUACUCGCGCUUGCCGAAAGAAUAGCGUAUGAAUUGGAAAGAUUAGUUGCUGUCGCGGUGUCCCUGGAAGAGCAAGGAGCAGGUGGAGGUGCUACGGCACUUGAAAGUGCGUGUACUGGGGCGACGGGUGCUGCUUCUGAGCUGGAGCGUGCACUGGUCGCCGCAGCACGUGACCAGGCAAGAGACUUGGCCCCGCUUGCUGACGAGGCAAAACGACUCGCCUCGGACCUUGCAUAUAUAGCUAGUUCCUGUGGUGAGAGAGAAUCAGAGAGACUGCACAAUAUAGCCAGCCGGCUUCAUGAACAAUUAGAUCACAUAAUAGAGGUUUGCAAAUUACUCAGACAUAUAGCGAUGUCAGAAACAUUACAAGUCAGUGCAAAGUUUGCAGAAAUCAAUCUUAGAAUAUACGGUCCACAAGUGGUGACGGCGGCGCGAACGUUGGCAGCUCACCCUAACAGUGCCGCGGCGAGGGAGAACCUCGACGUAUUCGUAGAUAUGUGGGCGUGGUUACUCGCUGAUGCUGCGAGGCUCGCCCGAGAACUUCUUGACCUCACAGACGACAGACCCGACAAACAACAAUAUAGCAGUUUGCCAAGGCCUGGGAAACAUGGAACGACGAGUAAACCUUUAAAAGCGGUUAGACUGGAUUCUGACGAACAAGCGAAGAUCGCAAAAUCUGGCCUUGAAAUGAAAAUGAUGUCAUCAGAAAUGGAUGCAGAAACUGAAAAGUGGCAAGGUGCUGCUGCCGAUGAAAACAACGACAUCGUGAAGAGGGCAAAAAAUAUGUCUUCCAUGGCCUUCGCUAUGUACCAAUUCACAAAAGGUGAGGGCCGACUAAACACUACUCAAGACCUCUUCACACAGGCUGAGUACUUCGCGGAAGAAGCUAAUAGAUUAUAUAAAAUUGUUAGACAAUUUUCUUAUCAGGUGCCUGCGGGGGCUACAAAGAAAGAACUUCUAGAGCAUCUAGACAAAGUCCCGACGUACGUCCAACAGCUACAAUUUACCGUGAAGGAACCCACGGUUGGGCGUGCAGCAACCUUCAGCAAAGUAGACAACGUAAUACAAGAAACCAAACAUCUUAUGAAUGUUAUAAGUAAAGUUGUCACUACAUGUUUCGACUGCGCCAACAAGUAUUCCCUAUGUAUGCCUGAGAGAGUUCCUAUGCAUUGGAAGCCAAAUUUACAAAAAGCAUCCACGUAUAAGAGUGAAAAUAGUGUACUGAAUGGUUGA